CUGCAGUGGAAGCAAUGCGCAGCUCAGAUGCCUGGCAGCACCACAAUUAGUCUCUGCUUCAUCCAUGAGAGGAGGAGGAGAAGAACUAGAGAAAGCCGAGCAGUUUGUCAGAGCGGACAGCCCUGUUACUGGGACUGAUCCUCCAAAGUUCUGGCAUCUUUGGGAAAUCCUGGGUCUCUGCCGCGGAGGAGAGCUGAGGCCACCGUGCUGCUGGUGUCCCCGUUCCGGUAAGGUCUUGCCAGAUAAGUACCGAGGGGUCGGGGUGGUGUAACGUGCCGCAGGGCUUUUCACCACAAGCAGUGGAGCUUGCCCAGCUGCUCCAAACCCUGACGUGUGCCCACGUUUUCAGAACCCGAUUUGCCUGAAAGGGAAUGGCAACUAACUCUUGUUCUUCUUCCUUGCGAGGGGAAGUGAGAGCGCAGCCACAGGCCUGUGUCAGGGCCUCACUUGGACUGCAGCACUGGUACCUGCUCCAGGGGAGGCUGCAGGGGGGCAGGAGGUGACCAGGGGUAGCUUUGGGUGGCAGCUUUGGGCCCUCAGUCCCCCUACAGCAGAUACGUGGAGAGAAAGAACCACAGCACGCACUAGUGCUGGCUCCGUGCUGUGCCCUCGGCUCAGCUCUGUGAGGGAACGCUUGCUAGAGGGACAAGUCUGCCUGGGAUGUCGGUGACGGCUUUUCAUCUGCACUUCCUGUGGUUUCUCUGUAGAGCGAUGCGGGAGAGCUCUGCCGUGCGCCUUGCAGGGCAGUUUGCUCCGGUGUUAAAAUUACACCAAAGAGCUGCGCGGUGACCUUGUAGCUGCAACUCUGGAGAAGCUACUUCACUCGUCUGCAGCUUUUACACGAGAGACGAUGGCCUGAGCUGAGCUCUGGUAAGUUGCCUUUCCAAUUAAAUUUAUUGUGAGACUUUACAGGGCAGAAGACUGAAGCAGACAGCACCCGCUGCCAUUUCAGGUGUUAGGCGAGCUACCUCCUACUGCAGGCUCAGGUAUCACGGCAUUUUGUUAAGCUGCAGAACAAAAGUACCUGCUGUUGAGUUUCCUGCAAAUGUUUCCCAUCUUUUGGUUACGAUAAAAACCUGUUGUGCUUAUGGGCUUAUUUAUCAAAGCCAGUUAACCGAGCAGCCCAGGCUCAGCUAUCCAGACAGCAGUCUGGAGGUGGUGGUCACUGGCUGGCUCUGCAGUUAGCACAAAGAACGGCGGUGGUUUUUUGUUUCUUUUUUCCCCCAAAUCCCAGAGCAACUGUUAAAAACAAUCCAGAAGACAUUUAAUUGAAUUUAGCAUCAUAAAAUGCACAGUCAGUAGAUAACGUCUGUACAAACUCGAAUGCUGAAUCAGUUCUUUAGUGUCCAUCACUGAUACUUGAGUGUUAUGAUCAGCGGUGUUUUGUAUUCUUUUCCUUUUGUUGUUGUAUUACAAAUUGUUUUCAGUUGAUUGGGUUUGGCCUCACAAUACAGGGGUAGUUCUGUCUUUCUGUUUGUUUGGCAGUGACACUUUAAAGCCAAAAUCAGAAAAACUGUACUUGACUCAGAGUUCAAAGGGAAGAAAAGCUUUGUUUUCAUAAGAAUAAUAGUGAAGGCAAUGCACUCAAAAUCCAGUGUAAACUUUCAUGUAUGCUUUUCUGUAUUUCUGUAAAUCAAAUAACUUCGUACGGGAGCAGAGGUGCUUUUUGGUUGUCUAGAAGAAAUACCAAAAGUAAAACAGGAAAAAAAAUAAAUUAUCUCAGGUGAAGCAAAGUUGGCAUUGGAAUUUGGUCAGACUCCUUGCUUUUUAAAUUGUAGGUAAGGAAGUGGUACGUUACUGUAAGAGAUUAAAUUGGCUCUAGGCCUGCAAAAUGCAUGUGUACUCUUAGAGGUUAACAGAAGUGACGCGGUCUCUCAUUGAAAAUAUUUUCAACCAGACGGAUGUGCAGGGGGGUGUCAUGCAGUGCCUACUUGUUUAGCAAUGGGUAGAAGACCAACUUGUGAAAUAUUUUGUGAUUUUUUUUUUUCUUCCCCCCCUUUCUUUCCCUUUUCCUGACUUCUGGUGUAGUUAAGCUCAAAUGGGUUCUUGUUAUGUGAUGGGCUGCAUCUAGGUAGGGUUGGUACUGGUGGGUACAGGCGUUUUUAUACAAGCUUCCCUGUUACUUCCCUGCAGCUGAGGUAUCAGAGUUGCCGACUAGCACAUAAGAUAUACGGCAGGAUCCUAUUUAGGGGAUUCAGUGAGAGUACAGGUGCUGAAGGGAACAGUAUUAGUGUCGUAUCAUGGUGCAAACAAGUUCUUCGUAAGGCCGUGUAACCACGCUGCAGGGGAUGCGAGUGGCUUUGGGUUUUGGCGGUCCUUUAGCAGUCUGAUCUUGCCCUCCUCCAGCACUUGGUCAGUAUGAAGCAUACAAAAACUCGUUUGCCUGGCUUCUAGAGAAUCUUGGGACGUAUCUCCAUAAUGCAAGCAUGUGCUAGUUGGAAAAAAAGUCCUGUUUGUUCUGGAGUUGUUGGCUGAUAAUGCCUAGGGCUGUCCUUGUCUUGUGAGAAGCAGUCAGUCAGUCCCUUCUGCCCAUCCUGCCCCUUUAAUGAUUUUACAGGCCUCUGCCUUAUCUUUCCCCAGUUGCAACACUUUACUUUGAACCUAUAAAAGGUAGAUGUUCGGGGGCUUUUGCUCUGGCAAAACUGAGAAAAAAGCUCAAGUUCUGUGCCUAAUGUGGUGGCUUAGCAGAUGCCUGGCUUUAUAUUAAUUUUCCUUUGUAUGCAAAUCCCUUUCUAUUCAGUGAAAGACCAUGUAAGAAGAUAUAUAGGUUUGCUUACCUGAAGUGAAACUGUUUUUUUGCCUUUCUGACCUUCCAGUUAUAAUGUCAGGUGCUUUCGACUGCACUACAUAAACAAGUAUUGGGAGGAAGUGCGAUUUCAGCAUUUCCUUUGGAAAGUACCUAACGAUCUUUGUAUUUCUGUCUUCAAUGGCUCACCCUUAGACAUUUCUUGUGUAUCGUAGCUGGGAUUAAUUUUUUCCACUCCCUUUAAGGGCUUCUAUUAAGGUGUCUAUCUCUUGAUUAGUUGCUCGGAUUAUUUUAAAUAUAUGACAGAAAAAAGCUGUACUGCUGGAGUAGAGGUCACGGGUUUGCAAUGUGAGUGACCUGGAUGAGAGGCAUCAUAUUGGCAACACACACACUAGUCUGUUAGGGGCUCCCUUCUGUUAAUUCAGUAUUGCCAUCUUCUUUUGUUUUUAGAUGUCAGUAAAUAAUUGGGCUGCUUUGUAAACUUCAGAUGCUAAUGUUUUUUAAAAAUAUUCUUUCAGCAACACCGCUUUCCAUCUGACUUCACCAAGCACAGAUGCUUAAAACCAAGAUUUCCCCAGACUUAACAGCUCUGCUUUGAUUAGUGUUAUUUCUUAACCACGUGAGAUGAAAUAAAGCCUCAAACUCAAGAACCUCAUGAGGUAAGGGAUGGCUUAAGACUUCUAUCUGGUAUUGGAUAUUCUUACAUCCCUUCUCCAACAGAAAUCAUGGCAGAUAUUUCCUGGAGUGAAAGAAUCUCCAAUGAGACAGCUGACAACAGCAGUUCUGAAUUCAGUUUGGAAGCAGACUUCCAGUAUCCCUUGUUUGUUGUCAUCUACAGCAUUGUGUUCGUGCUGGGACUGAUAGAAAAUGUCUUAGCUCUGUACCUCCUCUCUUGCAAAGUAAAGCAUACUUCUCCUUCCUACAUAUACAUGAUUAACCUAGCUCUGGUAGACACCUUGUUUGUUUGUGUGCUGCCUUUUAAAAUUAAUUACCACCUGCAUCGGAACAAUUGGAUCUUUGGUGAUGUGGCUUGUAGGGUAACGGGGACGUUGUAUUACAUCAACAUCUGCCUAAGCAUCGCCUUUUUCACCUGCAUUUGCAUUGAUCGGUACGUUGCGGUGCUGCACCCCUUCACGUACAUCCAGAUCAAAGCCACCCACUACGUGGUGGUGGUCACAGUCCUCUGGCUGGUGGCUGUGAGUAUCAUGGUGCCUCUCGUCCUUGGCGGGCCCCUGCACAACAGGGGUGUGGGGAAUGUGACCGCGUGCUUUGAGAACUUUGCGACGAGCAGCUGGACUCACCGCAUGGUGCCUUACAACAUCCUGGCCUUAGUUUUUGGGUUUGUGAUCCCGUUUUCCAUCAUUCUGAUCUGCUACCCCCUCAUCGCGAGGAGGAUCUCCCGGAUCAAGCACAGCAUUCGCAAGAGGAAGGCGCUGAGGACGAUCUACAUCAUCUUGUUCAUUUGUACUUUGUGCUUCCUCCCGUAUCACCUCACCCAUUUGCUCCACUUCUUGAUGAGAAUCCAGGUCAUCCAGAACGAGGCACUCACCAGCCUGAUCUACAAAAUGCGGAGGGUCACCUUAGCCCUGGUGAGUUUCAACUGCUGCCUCAACCCGUUCCUGUACUACUUCACCUCUUCUAGCAAGCGCUGGUGCUUCAACUUCAAGCUCAGAUUCAGGUCUAAAAUGGUGUACACCAUCUACGACCAGAAACUCGGGGAGUACUCCUACGUUUACAAACUGCACCAGACACAGGGAAAUAAAAACCCCAGAAAUGCAGUCAACUGACCUACUCAAAAAUCACACAACUUCAGAGAACAGCAAGUUUUCCACCCUGUGAAGCAUGAGACUUUAUCAUGACUGGAAAGAGUUCAUCAUCUGCGGGUUAUCAGAGUCACCAGAAAGCCACAGGCCUGGCCCAACGUGCUCAACGGCCAAUGGUUUACUUUGAAAGGAUGUGAUUUUGGUAACAGAUACAGACUCACCGUUCUGUUCCUUCUCUUGCUACGCCCAGACGUUAAUAUAGUACGUAUACAUUACUGGCCUACAGGCACACAAGACUGCUGAGCAGAUACGAGUGGAAUGGAAAUGGUUCUGGGCCUUGUUUAACAGCCACCUGUGGGCUUAACCUCAGCAAUGCCACAGCGGUAUUUCACUUCAGCUGUGCAAAACGCAGCCGAAAAGUCGCACAGGGGCCUGGCCCACUGCACAGGUUGGGGCGCCCAACUUAUGCUGUGCUGCUGGAUGCGAAACAGGAAAUGGCACGGACCUCGAAGGAGGUAGGGAGUAGGGUUAGUGUGGCAGAAUGGCAUCAAGGAUAGCGGUCUCUGAUGGCAUAAUGUUAUAAUAGGGUUAGAGCCUUGUCAUAGAUGGCUUUUGUGUGUGCAGUAUUACCUUUUACGCUAAGGCUGGCUUGCUGUGCUUAUUGCUGCGUGCCGUUUGAGUCCUGGGUCGCACGGACCCCCGUUACUGACAGGUCAGCCACUGCCCAGCAUGUGCUAAAUGCAACAACUGAACUAGAGCAAGUCCUCUGCCUCGCUGGAUUUUGCUCUUGUCUCGGAGAACUUUUUAAAAUAGCAAGAAAACCUGCUCAAACUUUUAAACUAUUGCCCAUAAUGAUUUUUGUAUUCAUCUGCUUGGCAAGGCCUUGGUAAGACUGCCAGUAAAUCCUUGCACUUGUAAAAUGAAGAUGAGGCUCUCCUCUGAAGGGAGCAUUACAACAAAUUAUCUUCUAUCUUUCUUGUGAGACUACUAUUUUUGUCCCAUUUGUAGGCUAUGGAAGAACUUCCCAGCACUGAGGGAAGUUCUCUAAGCACAAAUUUCAUGGUAUUGGUAGAGGAAGAGAAUUUAUUAGAGACUACAUCUAGGAGGUGCAGCUUUCUUUAAGGCCUGUCAGCCGUUAUUAUUCAUACUUCCCUCAAUGAAAGUUAAGCUGAUGGGUAAAAAAGCACAUUUAAGGCUUCGUACUCUUGUCUACAUUAAACUUAUGCUUUGCAUUUUAGUUGUGAAGCUCUGAAAGCUCCAUUUGUUGACCUCUCAGGCCUACUCAGGUUCUGAGUUUGCAUUAUUCCCUUAUCAGCAAGGUGUAGGGCUGUCUCUGAUAAUAACCCUCUACAGCACGUCAGGGACUCCCUGGCCACAAACCUGAGACAAGGGAGCUGGUUUGUCCUAUGUACACGGUCCAGGAUUUAGUUGAGUGCAGGAGCGGGGUCAGUGCAUGGCUGUUGUUUCCACUUAUUUGUGUGAUCAAACUGGGAGCAGCAUUGCUGAGGUUUUAAACAAAAUGAGCUGUGGGAGUAAAGAAUGCUGAGUAUCUCCUACCUUACUGUGUAGGCAGCACGAAGCUUGUUCCUCAGGACUCAGAAAGAGGCUGCAGCGCUGUCCAGGACAGGUUUCCAGGGGGGAGGACUGCAGCACUGCUGAACACUGUACACACUCACUGCAGCUAAUGGACAAACACUGUAAUUCUUUUAUUAAAACAAAACCAGAAAAACAUUUGACAAUGUAAACAAAAUAAAAUCUAGAUCUCUCUGAAGCACCA